CAUCCUAUCGGAUCCAAGUCAGAAACUCCGAACCCGAUGCCAUCCUGACCUCCCCGCCGCCGUAAUCAGACGAGCCCCAAAACCCUCGCCGGCGACGCCCUCGGCCGCCGCAGUUUUCGCCGGAGAUGGACUUCCAGGUCGUCGUCCUCGCCGGCGGCACCUCCGAGACGCUCUCGCCCCUCGUCUCCAAGGAUGUCCCCAAGGCGCUGCUCCCGGUCGCGAACCGUCCCUUGCUCUCCUACGCUCUGGACCUCCUCGAGGCCAGCGACCUCAAGGACCUCAUCGUGGUGGUGGAGGGGCAGGAGGCGGCACGGCUGGUCGGCGCCUGGGUCUCCAGCGCAUACCUGGAUCGACUUCGUGUAGAGGUAGUUGCAGUUUCUGAAGACCUUGGAAGUGCUGGUGCAUUACGAGCUAUUUCAAAGCGACUGACAGCAAAUGAUAUUUUGGUAAUUAGCGGUGACCUGGUAACAGAUGUGUUGCCUGGGGCUGUUGCUGCUACUCAUAGAAGGAAUGGCGCAGCUGUUACUGCUUUACUAUGUUCUGUUCCUGUUAGUGGUCCUUCAGACACUGCUUCUUCUAGUGGGAAAGAUAAAGCUAAAAAGCCAAAUCGUUUGAACAUAGUUGGGCUGGACAAGACUAAACAAUUCUUGUUGCAUAUCAUAUCAGGAACCGAUGUUGAAAAAGAUGUUCGAGUUCAUAAGAGAAAAAUCCAGGCUGUUGGUCAGAUGGAAAUUCGAAGUGACCUGAUGGAUGCACAUCUUUAUGCUUUCAAGAGGACAAUUUUACAGGAUGUACUGGAACAGAAGGAAUCAUACCGUAGCAUUAGACUUGAAGUCCUCCCAUAUUUAGUGAGGAGUCAAUUGAGAUCAGCUCCAUCUGGUGGCAAUGGAACUACAGGUGAUGAAACUGGGAAUAGUACUGUUCUGUCCAGUGGUAAUUUGCAGUGUUUAUCGCAGCAUCGUGUCAUUGCACCAUCUGCUUUCAAGCAAGAUGUACUAUCAAGGUCACAUGGUGGACAUAGGUGCUGUGCUUAUAUUGCUACUAAAAACAAAUACUGCCACCGCUUGAACUCGAUGCAGUCAUAUUGUGAUAUCAAUCGAGAUGUUAUAGGGGAAGCUAGCCAUCUGUCUGGUUAUUCCUUCUCUGCACAGAACAACAUCAUCCACCCAUCCUCUGUUCUUGGAUCAAAGACUACAAUAGGGCCACAUUGUAUUCUUGCUGAGGGUUCGCAGCUAGGUGACAAGUGUAGUGUCAAGCGAUCUGUGAUUGGUCGUCAUUGCCGAAUCGGUUCCAAUGUAAAGAUUGUCAACUCUGUUGUGAUGAACCAUGUUGUUAUUGAAGAUGGCUGCCACAUCCAAGGUUCUGUUGUAUGUAAUAAUGUUCAACUGCAAGAACGGGCUGUUCUGAAAGACUGCCAGAUUGGAGCUGGUUAUAUUGUGACUGCUGGCAGCGAGCACAAAGCAGAAUCCCUAGCAAGAAGGUAGAGCGAGUUUUGACAGUUUUGGCGGAUCCUGAACGAUUUUGUGUGCACUUCAGAUGCACCCCUCAGAAAAAAGGGGUGACAGUUCUUGUCCAGAAUGUAUACAGUAUUUCUUGAUGUAAAACAUCCAUAAUUUUGAUUCCUUUGUAACAGUCCGAAAGGUUUUGGUUGCUUCUCUAUUCAACUAGGCCGAGCUUGCGAUUAAGUUU